UUCCGUUUUUGAGCACAAAAAAUGGAAAACACGUCCCUUCUGUUUUCCGUCUUCUGUCUAUAGGGUAAGGAUAAGAAAUUCUGAUCCCUUUACCUUCUUUAGGCGCUCGUAAUCAGGGUUGGUUUCUUCAUCCACUUAGGCGCUCGUAAUCAGGGCCUUUAGAAUUAGGGGUUGUUCGAUAGUCUUGUAGUUGGAGUGAAGAUGAUGCAACCUGCAACAGGCGUGGUUCCUCCUCCGAUGGCUCCCCGACCGAUGGAUCAACAGCACCAACAACAGCCACCACCGCAGCAGCAGUGGAUGAUGAUGCCCCCGCAACAGCCUUUUCAGCCACACCCCGCUCAUGCGUGGUCCCAACAGCCGCAGCAAGCCCCGCAGCCGCAGGUACCACCUCAACAACCGCAGCCCCAAACGCAGCAGCAGCAGCAUCAGUACAUGCCUGCACAACCAGCGAGCGCAGAUGAGAUCCGCACGCUUUGGAUUGGGGAUUUACAGUACUGGAUGGAAGAGAGCUACAUUAACAGUUGUUUUUCUGCUUAUGCAGGCGAGGUUGUCUCGGUGAAAGUUAUCCGCAAUAAACAAACUGGUCAGUCCGAUGGUUAUGGAUUUAUUGAGUUUGUGUCUCGUGCUGCUGCAGAUAGGAUUUUACAGGCAUACAAUGGCACACCCAUGCCUAACGUCGAGCAGAAUUUUAGAUUGAACUGGGCUACUUUUAGUUCUGGGGAUAGGCGUCAGGAUGAUGGUACAGACUUUCCAAUAUUUGUGGGAGAUUUAGCUUCUGAUGUUACUGAUUACAUGUUACAAGAGACAUUUAGAAGUCACUAUCCCUCAAUCAAGGGUGCUAAAGUCGUGACUGAUAGAACAACUGGGCGAUCAAAGGGUUAUGGGUUUGUUAGGUUUGGAGAUGAAAAUGAGCAAUUGCGUGCCAUGACUGAAAUGAAUGGAAUGUUCUGUUCAACUAGGCCAAUGCGUAUUGGACCCGCAACUACGAAAAAGAAUGUGGGUGGCCAGCAAAAUAAAGCUUCUUUCCAGAAUACGCAAGGAACUCAGAACGAGAAUGAUGCCAAUAAUACAACUAUAUUUGUUGGUGGUUUGGAUUCCAAUGUUACAGAGGACCAUUUGAGACAAAUUUUUUGCCAAUUUGGGGAGUUAGUUCAUGUGAAAAUACCAAUUGGAAAGCGUUGUGGGUUUGUUCAAUUUGCGAACAGAGCUUGUGCUGAGGAAGCUUUGCUGAUGUUAAAUGGAACUCAGUUGGGGGGACAAAAUAUUCGACUUUCGUGGGGACGUAGCUCUUCAAACAGACAGGAUGCAACUGUGGUUCAGCCGCAGUCACAGCCAGAUCAAAACCAGUGGAAUGGCGGGUAUUAUGGGUAUGCUCGAGGUUAUGAAUCCUAUGGAUAUGCACCAGCUCCACAAGAUCCUAACAUGUAUUCUUAUGGAGCGUAUCCAGGAUAUGGAAAUUACCAGCAACAUCAGUGAUCUGCUUUACAUGUGGCAGUGAGGAAUUGGAUGAUGGUGAUUUCAUCCGAGUAUAGUGGCAUAUGUUCUGCAUUUAGAAAGGGUGCUAAGAGUUUGGAUUUUUAUUUGUUUAAUGUAAACUAGUUUGCUGCUGGUCAAGUAUUCGUCACCUAGGCUUAUCCCCGAGUUUGAGCCCAUCGGAAGGACCUGUAGAGUAGUCUUGCUUGCAGAUGAUCGUUAGGCUAUAUGCUUUUCUUUUCUUUUCUUUUUUUUUCUUUGGUGUGUGCGUGCUCUUGUGUCCGAGUUUCCAAACAGAUUUAUAAACUAACCAUCUUAUAUUUGAGAGAAGAAGGAUUAUAUCAUUGACCUGUAUUAUGCAGUUCAUAUUGUUGUUAAUUUGGAUAUGGGAGUAAUUGAAAUCUGAAUAUUCUGGGUUUUA